UGACUCUCAGUAUGAAGGCAAAAGGGACUCUAGUCCGCGUAAGAGAGGGAACUUGUUCUAGCUAUCAAUCUUCUCGUUUCAAAAAUGUCUGAAUCUGCCGGAAACUGGUGCCUAAUUGAAAGCGAUCCCGGUGUAUUCACAGAACUAAUCAAAGAAUUCGGUGUCAAAGGAGUUCAAGUUGAAGAACUAUGGAGUUUGGACGCAGAAUCAUUCGAAAAACUGAAACCCAUCCAUGGACUCAUAUUCUUAUUCAAAUUGGUUCACCAAACAGACGAGCAAUCAGGGUCCAUUGUCCGUGACAGUCGACUCGAAAAAAUGUUUUUUGCACAACAGGUCAUCAACAACGCCUGCGCGACGCAAGCUAUCCUAAGUAUCCUUCUAAACUGCAAGCACCCAGAUGUUGCUCUAGGCACCACGCUAACCAACUUCAAAGAGUUCUGCUCUGACUUUGACCCGCACAUGAAAGGCUUGGCUCUGAGCAACUCGCAGGACAUCCGAUCGGUUCACAAUUCCUUUGCACCGCAGACACUGUUCGAAUUAGACUCAAAACUCCCGUCAAAAGAAGAAGAUGCCUAUCAUUUUGUAAGUUAUAUUCCGCUCGAGGGGCGAUUGUACGAGUUGGACGGCCUGAAGGAAGGCCCGAUCGAUCUGGGGCCAAUCCCUGAGGAAAAGGAUUGGUUGGAUGUAGUUAGGCCGAUCAUCGAGAAAAGGAUCAACAAGUAUAACGAAGGUGAGAUUCAUUUCAACCUAAUGGCUGUGGUAUCAGAUAGGAAGUUGAAAUAUGAAAAGCAGUUAGAAGAAUUACAGAAAAAAAUCGAGAGUAGCGGAAUGGAUUCAGACUACAACCAGCAGGAAAUCGACCGACUGAAAAUGCUGAUAGAUCAAGAGGAAAACAAAACUCGAGAAUAUCAGAUGGAAAACAUCCGGAGGAAACACAAUUAUCUGCCGCUGAUCGUGGAGAUCCUGAAAGUGCUAGCAAAAGAAGGGCAGCUCUUGCCGCUCUACGAGAAAGCCAAACAGAAAGCGCUGGAGAAAGAGAAGAAGAAACAAGUCAAAGUUUAGUCUCAAGUUCCUUAACGUUCAACACUCCCGGUUGCCAUUUUUUUUUAUUAAGCAGUUUGAAAUUGUGAAAAAUAUUCUUCAAACUUCAAGAAAGAUUCCAUAAAAGUUCCAAACUUCGGAAAGAAUUAUUUAAAAGUUCUAAUUUUCAAGCAGAUUCUUCGGAAAGCCCUUUUAAAGAAGAUUUUUCAAAACCUUCCUAGUUUAAAAAAGACCCUUUAAGUGUCUCAAUACUUAAAAAAGAUGAUCAAUCAGACAUAUUUCUAUCAAACGGACCUAAGCGCCAUAGGGGGAGGAAGGUAGAGGGGGCUUGGAUUGGCGACGGAAUUGGGCGUCCGGCUUAUUCCGUCCUAUACUCGGAAUGCUUUUCCAUGGCGCUUAGGUCCAUUUGACAGAACGCGCUCUCCGGGAUUCUAAAUUCCUCAAAAGGAACUCAAAUUGGCGCUUAGUUCCGUUUGAUAGAAAUACGUCCAACUGUUCAAAAUUCUAUUCUUGUAAGUAUCUGCCGUUUGUAAUAAAACUUUUUUAACUUUUCUCAAAUGUUA